UAUAAAAAUCCAGUGACUGCACUCAGCAAGGUUGAAGGGUAACCAGAAUGGCUUUUCUGUCCGUUUGGGACAACUAUUGCUUUCCUUAGAGGGUGACAGGCGGUACUUGAGAGAGGAUGGAAAACUCCAGAAAAGCAGCUCAGUCAUCUGCCUCGAAGCCAGGGAGGCUGACCGUCGUGCUUGCCCUGGCGACACUGGUGGCCGCAUUUGGAUCAUCCUUCCAGUAUGGAUAUAAUGUGGCUGUCAUCAACUCUCCAGCACUGUUCAUGCAAGAAUUUUACAACCAAACCUACCAUGAGAGAACAGGACAGUAUAUGGACGAGAACUUCUUCACCUUGCUCUGGUCUCUCAGCGUGUCCAUGUUUCCCCUGGGAGGCUUCCUGGGCUCUUUAAUGGUUGGCCCAAUGGUGAACAAAUGUGGCAGAAAGGGGACCCUGCUGAUCAACAACAUCUUCUCCAUCAUCCCUGCCAUCCUGAUGGGAACCAGCAAAUUGGCCAAGUCAUAUGAGAUGAUCAUCCUUUCCCGUAUUGUGGUGGGAAUUUGCGCAGGUUUGUCCUCCAAUGUGGUUCCCAUGUACUUAGGAGAACUGUCCCCCAGAAACCUGCGGGGAGCCAUUGGUGUGGUGCCGCAGCUUUUCAUCACAGUUGGCAUCCUCAUCGCCCAGAUCUUUGGCCUCCGAAGCAUCCUCGCAAGUGAAGAAGGCUGGACAAUUCUGCUCGGCCUGACGGGUGUUCCUGCGGGGUUGCAGCUGCUCUUCCUGCCCUUCUUUCCCGAGAGCCCCAGGUACACGCUGAUCCAGAAGGGAGAGGAAGAAAGAGCUCGAAGAGAUUUACGGAAACUGAGAGGCUGGGACGAUGUGGAGGAUGAGGUGGAAGAGAUGCGCCUCGAAGACCAAGCGGAGAAGGCUGAGGGACGUCUGUCCGUCCUCAACCUCUUCACCUUCCGGUCCCUGCGGUGGCAGCUCAUCUCCAUCAUUGUCCUGAUGGCCGGCCAGCAGCUGUCGGGAGUUAAUGCGAUCUACUACUACGCAGACAGUAUCUACCAGAAAGCGGGGGUAAAGGUGGAUGAUGUUCAAUACGUGACGGCUGGCACUGGAGCAGUCAACGUAGUGAUGACCUUCACAGCUGUCUUCAUUGUGGAGGUCUUGGGGAGGAGGCUGCUGCUGCUCGUUGGCUUUGGCAUCUGCUGUGUGGCCUGUGCUGUGCUGACCACGGCCCUCGCACUCCAGGACCAAGUGGCUGGGAUGCCGAUUCUCAGCAUCAUCUGUGUCAUCAUGUAUGUCGUGGGGCAUGCAAUAGGACCCAGCCCCAUCCCUUCGCUAGUGAUCACAGAGAUGUUCCUGCAGUCCUCCCGGCCAGCAGCAUACAUGGUCGGGGGGACGGUUCACUGGCUCUGCAAUUUCACCGUGGGGCUGGUCUUCCCUUUUAUCCAGGGAGCCCUUGGCCCUUACAGCUUUAUCAUCUUUGGUGUGAUCUGCCUGCUCACCACCAUCUACACCUACCUGAUUGUCCCAGAGACCAAAGGCAAAACAUUCAUGGAGAUCAAUCAGAUUUUCGCCAAGAGGAACCAGGUCGACAUCUCGGGCAAUAAGGAGGAACUAAAGGACUUCAAAACCCCCCGCUUCCUCCCUGCUGGCGUGACUGAUGAACAGCCCUAAACUCUUGGGGUCACGGCUGCCCAGGGAGAUCAGCCUGACACUCUUCCCUCUCCUUCUCAUUUUAUUUGCAACCAGCUAGCUAAUUGUGCAUCUGCAGAAAUAGGAGUCAUCCAGCAUGGCUGGUAAGUUGUGUCUUUGGGCUCCCUGGCCAGCCUAUGAAUGCCUUCUGAGUGUUUUUCCUGCUGUCAUUAAAGAGCAGCCAACUACCUUUCAUCA